AUGUCGGCGACUGCCUUUGACCGAUGGUGUAGUCCUGAUGGCCACCAAUGUGGAGGCAUUUUAUGGGCGGGCCCAACACGCUGUUGCAGCAGAAGCCACCGCUGUGAGUACCAAAACUUGUGGUUCGCGCAUUGUGUGCCGCGGGACAGUAACCCAGAGCCAGGCGACGGCGACUCUUCUUCGUCCGCUACUUCCAGGUCGACGCAAUCGGACCAGACAUUUUCAUCGGCCACUCGCUCCUCAGGUCAUCAAGUGAACCCAUCCUCUGUUAUCCCGACCUCUGGCCAGAGCAGUGCCGGCUCCUACACCAGCAACGGCAACUCACAAUCGGCCCCAAGUUAUAGCUCUGUGCCGACCAGCGGGGCUUCGAGUUAUACGAGUGUGUCGCCCAGCUCUGCUUCUUCCAGCCCAGCGCCUAUUUAUAGCACCAGUCAAGUACCUAGUUAUGGUUCUAGCUCGAUUUUUGCAAGCCAAAGCUCAGCUUCUGUUUCCUACUUUAGCUCUGCCCCAAAUUAUGGUUCCAGCUCUGCUAACACGGCCUCAAGUUAUGGAUCGAGUUCUGGUCCUGCUUCUAGUUAUGGCUCCAGCUCUGCCAACACUGCGUCAAGUUAUGGCUCAGGUUAUGGAUCAAGUUCUCGCCCUGCCUCAAGUUAUGGCUCCAGCUCUCGCCCUGUUUCCAGCUACGGCUCAAGCUCUGCCAACACUGCUUCCAGUUAUGGAUCGAGCUCUGUCAAGACUGCCUCAAGUUAUGGAUCGAGCUCUGUCAACACUGCCUCCAGUUAUGGCUCGAGCUCUCGGCCUGCUUCCAGUUAUGGAUCGAGCUCUGUCAAGACUGCCUCAAGUUAUGGUUCCAGCUCUGCCAACACUGCUUCCAGU